AUGGCGUUCAGCAAUGAGAGAGACGAGGUCGCGCAUCUCGUCAAGUUCUGGUCUUCCACUGUGAAAAUUAAAAAAUAUCUUUUCUUCAUUACAGAAGGACGAGACAAAUCCACGAAAUGCCUUCAGUACGGAAGCCGAACGCUCGCGUCUUUUCUGGUGACAAGAAACCCGAAAGUCGCAGCGAAGUUCGCUGCUUUAACCGGGACUGCGAGUGACGGUCGGAAAAUCUUUCGCCUGGGAAAGUUCCUGAACGAGUACGUGAAAGUCAAGGCGAUCCUCAUUGCCUUCUUACGAUCGCGCUGCAAGUCCGCUAAACUGCCUUGGGACGAAUGCCACAAAACCCAAUUGCUGCAGCUUAUCAGUCGUUUUGGGUUCCUCUGUUACUGGGUCCUGGACAAUCUGCUUCUCCUCUCCAAAAUAAAGUUUCUCGGAUUCGAUACGAAAAAGCUCGCCAAACUGUGCGGCGUUUUCUGGCUUAUAGGCCUCCUCGGCUCCCUCGCGACUGAAGCGCGGACGCUGCGUAGAGUGCAGGAUGACGAACAGAAUCACUUGGAUACGUUAGAGCGAGAUGACACGCGCGAACACGGCGCGAAUCUCGAGAUCCGUGCGAAAGAAGCUGCCAGGACACUGCGUGAGUUGCAACAGGAGAAGAGAGCGGCAUCCCUCAAUCUCAUCAAGAACGCCGCGGACCUGGUAGUCGCGUCCAACCUGGCGCAUCUCCCGCACAAGAUUUUCGGACAUCCUCUGCCGGAAGGGACUGUGGGAACUGCUGGCUUCAUCAGUGGAGCUAUCAGCUGCUACCAGCUGUACGACUGA